CUCCAUUUCCGCGAUACACUCUAACACUGCGCGCUGACAACCAAGUCACUGCUUGGUCUUUGCUUGCUCGCUCGCUCCCUCGCUGCCGGCCGGUCAGUCAGUAGACGGACGCGGCGGCUGGAGCGGAUCGGAGAGGAGAGGAUCUCAUCUCAUUUCGCCUCGCAGGCAGCAGGCAGUGAUUUGGCGGGAGCCCCGGCUUCUUGCUGCUGCCGCCGCGGGUGUAGGCGCAGACGGCGGCGCAACCCCACGUAUCCCCCGGAGCCGCUACUCGCUGCUCCAGCCGCCGCCGCCACUUGCCGCAAGGAGGGAGCAACGCCCGAGGAAUAAUUCACAACCAUGACAACGGAACCGGGUUCAGAUUCUGAAUCUAAGCAGGACCAAGAACAGAAGGAAGCAGCUGAAAAGAAAGAGGCAGCAACUGAACAAGAGGAGAGUGCUGAGCAUCAACAGGCAGACGGGGUAGACGGGAUCCCAGCAGCAAUUGGUACCUCCGAGAGGAAGAAGCUGAUUGGUGAAUGUGAGAAAGAGGCGGACGGAGCUUCUGGCAAACUUACUGUGAGUCAGCAGGAAGACCACCAGGCUGAGGACGACAAACUCUCCCAAAAAUCCUCUUCAAGCAAGUUAUCCAAAUCUCCUCUGAAAGGAGCAAAAAGGCCAAAGAACAUGCUGUGCAAAGUGACCCUUCUGGAUGGCUCUGAACAUACCUGCGAGGUUGAGAAGCGAGCCAAGGGACAGGUUCUCUUUGAUAAAGUAUGUGGGCAGCUCAACCUUCUGGAGAAAGAUUACUUCGGUCUGUCAUUUCGGGACUCUGAAAACCAAAAGAACUGGUUGGACCCGGCCAAGGAAAUUAAAAAGCAGAUCCGAAGUGGUUUGUGGCAGUUUGCAUUCAAUGUGAAGUUCUAUCCUCCGGAUCCCGCUCAGCUCUCUGAGGACAUCACAAGGUACUACCUGUGUCUGCAACUGAGGGAUGACAUUAUCUCUGGGCGAUUGCCGUGUUCUUUUGCUACACACGUCUUGCUUGGUUCCUACACAGUCCAGGCGGAACUUGGAGACUAUGACCCAGAUGAGUACGGCACUGAGUACAUCAGUGAGUUUCGCUUUGCUCCGAAUGAAACAAAGGAACUGGAAGAAAAAGUGAUAGAACUACACAAAAGCCACAGGGGCAUGUCACCUGCUGAAGCAGAGAUGCAUUUUUUGGAAAAUGUCAAAAAGCUAUCUAUGUAUGGAGUGGAUCUACAUCAUGCCAAGGAUUCAGAAGGCGUUGAUAUUAUGCUUGGUGUGUGUGCCAGUGGGUUACUGAUCUACCGAGACCGCUUGAGAAUAAACAGAUUUGCCUGGCCCAAGGUUCUCAAGAUCUCGUACAAAAGGAACAACUUUUAUAUCAAAAUCCGGCCCAGUGAACAUGAACAGUUUGAAAGUACCAUUGGAUUUAAACUUCCAAACCAUAAAGCAGCAAAAAGGUUGUGGAAAGUGUGUAUUGAGCAUCACACAUUCUUUCGAUUAGUUUCACCUGAGCCGCCUCCAAAAAAAUUCCUUACACUAGGAUCAAAAUUCCGCUACAGUGGAAGAACACAAGCUCAGACUCGGAGAGCCAGUUCCCUUAUAGAUCGCCCAGCACCAUACUUUGAACGUUCUUCCAGCAAACGUUACACCAUGUCACGCAGCUUAGAUGGAGCCUCGGUGACCGAAAAUCAUGAGAUGCUCAUAAAAGACUCAAUUUCGGCCUCAGAAGUGGCUACAGGCCAUUAUGGUGCAGCCAAGAGCCUAGUGUCAACCAAUUUAAUAACCACAGUGACACCAGAGAAGAAGGCAGAAGAGGAGAAGGCAGAGGAAGAGGAUAAGAAAGCAAAGACUGUCAUCACUCCGUUACUCACACCAGCCAAGCAUGAAAUUAAGACUGACAGUGAGCAGACUGACACUACUGGUCCUGCUGAUGGGGAAACCACCGCAGAGUCUGAUCAAGAGGAUGAAAUGGAAUCCAAGAUCCAGAAUAGUCUUGUAGAACGAAUCAAAGGUGAAAAUGUAUAUGUCAAACAUAGUAACCUUAUGUUAGAGGAAUAUGACAGAACUCAAGAAGAGGUAGUUAAGCACCAUGCCAACAUAAAUGAGAUGAAAAGAACAUUUCUGGAAUCAACCUCAGAAACUGGACCUGAUGAAUGGGAAAAGAGGUUAUCUGCCUCUCCAGUUAGAUCCUUUUCAAAGACUGAUGAUUUACCUAUGAUUGAACCCCUUGUGCCUGAGGAGACCAAAGCAGAUGUUGGUGAGAUACAGCAAAGCAAGUCGGAUAAACAGACUGUUGCCACAUCUGACACUGUGAUGAAAGAUGAUGGAAAAUUAGCAAAGGCUGAAGAGGAGCGUAAGGAAGUAGAUAAGGAGCCAACUACAAGUCACAGCACAUUGGUGACUAAUGAAAUUGUGAUCAGCAAAACAGCCUCAUCUCUCCAAGAGAAAACUGUGCUGUCCACUCUGGAAGAAACUAUCAUUUCAAAGAAGGGGGCAACAAAAAGAGAUGAUGAUGAAGGUAGUCUGAAACCUAAAGAGAUUCCAAGACAGAAAGGAAUUGAAAUCUCUGAUAUGGAGCCUGCCAUUGAGACUUCAAUGACCAAAUGGAAGACUGGUGAAGAGCCUAUGUUUACUAUUGCCACAGCACACUAUUUUACUGAGACAUCGGGAUCAAGAUUUUUGACAAAGCAGUCUGGUUCUGAAGUAACCUCAAAAAAUGUAGACGUCUCCAAUCUAAUAGAUUCGGCACGAAAACAAAUGGAUGGAAAGGAAUGGGCUGCUGCUUCAUCUUACAGCUGGGUUCAGAAACCUGAUAUGAAUUUGGACGAGAGUCCCAAAAUGGUGCAACAUGAAGUCCACAAGCAGGAGAAGACCAUGGAGAUAAUUCAGGAAACAAUGGUGAUGGAAACGCAGCAUGGGAUGAAUGUGCAUGCAAGCGAGGAUGCUUCUGCUCUGUGCGCUAAGCUGGCAGGAGUUGGGAGGGAAACUUUAGCAGAGGCGAGCAAAGCUCACUCAUCUGGUGAUGCAAGGGGUCUAAGUUGCAUGGCGACCGUGGAGACCAAAGAGGAUAAGAAGGAGGAAGCGAGUGCCAAGGUGGAUCAACCAGGAGAUGAAAUUGUAGAAGGGCCACCUUCUGCUCAAGGGUGGGUGGAUCAGCCUGAAAUGGCAGGCAAACCUGCAGAAAAAUCUGAAACGCAACCUCAGUUUGAGCCUCCUGUUGUUAAAACGGAAUCAGUUAGCUUUGACAGCAUGAGUAAAGAGGACGGAAAAGAAGUUUGCACCAAGGAUGUACCGGUGGUUCACACUGAGACUAAAACAAUCACCUAUGAAUCAGCAAAGUUGGACGCAAAUGCUGAAAGUGACCCAGGUGUUCUAAUGAGUGCUCAGACGAUCACCUCAGAAACUUCAAGUACCACAACCACUACACACAUCACCAAGACUGUGAAAGGAGGUGUUUCUGAAACGCGCAUUGAGAAGCGAAUUGUUAUUACUGGAGAUGCUGACAUUGACCAUGAUCAGGCCCUGGCUCAGGCAAUUAAAGAAGCCAAAGAGCAACACCCUGAUAUGUCUGUGACCAAAGUAGUGGUACACAAAGAGACGGAGAUCACACCAGAGGACGGGGAUGAUUGAUCGCAGGAGUAACCACAUCUUCACAAAAGAAGUCAUGCAUACACAUCAUUAGGAAUGAUUUUGGAGUCUUAAUGGAGUCAUACACUUGACUUCAUUUGUCAUGAAUCCAUCCAUUAAUGAUCUUUCACAUCAAGCGUACUGGAGCACGUUGUAUGAUGACCCUCUCACUAAAUGAGAACAUUUGCAAAAUCUUUUCAUUCCAUCAUAUCCAAAUGGCAAAUGAAUAUUGCAUGACUAGAAAAAAAAAUCUUUUAUCACAAAAAGAAUUAAAAAAACACACAUUUUCACACUCAUAGAGUAAGGCAUUCACACCACUUAAGUUAUCUCUUAGCAGCACGUUCAUGCAGCAAAAGGGUACAUUGGGAUAUUAAUAUUUUAAAUGAAACAUGCAAUUCUGCCUUUGACAGUUUAAUAAAACUAUAGCUGAGCAAGGUAGUAGGAUAAAUGAUGUGGCAGUAAUUCGUUUUAAUUGUACCUGAGAUCAUUUAUAAACAAGCAACUUUCACCCCAGAAAACUGGUGACAAUGUUAAUUGUAUCAAGGGAUUAUGUCAUACCUUACAGUAGAUGUGCCAAUAACAGUGUAAACCCAUAUCUAUUCUCAUAGUACGGAACUUGAAGCUUGUAACUGGAAAUCUUGAUAUACAAUGGUAAUGCCUGUGAAAACAUGAAUAACCUUCAACAGUUUAGAACAAGUUGUUUUGCUGCAUCUUGUGCUUUGUCAGCAUAAUUUGAUGUCACCUAACAGAUUUUUUUAAAGGAAUAUAUAUAAAUAUAUAUUUGAAUGAUUUGGUUUUGUUAGAUAAGCAUAUUCUUUUAUAUUAGAACCAAAAAGCCAGGUAGGGAGACCUCCAUUGAUUAUAGUAUUUGACUUCCCAUGGUGGAAACAUCAGAGUUCCUUUUAAAACUGACUUAGUUUGCUCAGUUUUCUAAUGCUAGUGAUUGUGUCUGUUCUAGAAAGUUUUUUUCUGUUUAUUACCUGCGACCUCUCAUUUUAACUUUGAUGCCAUUGAUUCUUUAUAAGCACUCUGCAUAGACUUCAGAUUCAGAGCAAAGCCUUAAAUUAAACAUAAAAUAAUAGCAAGCCCUCAUUGAAAGCUUUCAAAGCAUAAAGCAUUUAUAAUUUACAGAAAACCACACAUUGCUCACUGUAGGGUACAACAUUUUAAUCAGAUUUUCUGUUGCAAUGUAAUAAAUUUUGAAUGUAUGUUUCUUCAUGGUGAAAUAAAAGUGGUAAAAGGCAUAAA